UAAUAACGUGGACCGAGAACCCGAAUAAACCACACCAUCCAGCCUGGCCACAUCUAUUUGCAUGUCAUUCUCUCUUCCUUCCGUACUGGUUCUAUUUUUUUUCCUUCUUCCUCUCUCACUCUUCUCCCAAUAAGAAGAAUCACACCAUCUUCGCACUCUUGAGAAAAACCAUACAAUACAAUCUUUAUGGCCGUUGAGGCGCGUCAUCUCAAUCUCUUCCCCUCCCAACUCGUAACCAACCCCGAAGUGAUGAAUUCUGUGGAUGCAAAUGUCAACAUGUAUAACGGGCAACAGAUUGCUUAUUCUUCGUAUUUUCCGUUAUCCGGCGCCGUCACGGAAGCGGUGCUUCCUUCGUCGGUUUACAAUUCGCUCGGAAACGCCGUCAAAACUGAAAGUGGUUUAACCAACAACAGCGUUGUUGUUGUUCCUCCGUUGUCGAGAAAGCGGUCCAGGGAGAAUUACAGCUACAACGACUCGUUCUCGUUUCUCGGCCAAGACUUUUCUCUUCAGAUCCAACAACAGCAACUUGACAUCGAGCAUUUAAUCAUGCAAAGAAUGGAGAAGGUGAGAAUAGAAAUUGAUCAGAAGCGAAAGCGGCAAGCGAAAAGGAUAAUCGACGCGAUUGAGGCAGGCGUGAUAAAGAAAUUGAAGACGAAAGAGGAGGAAAUAGAGAAAAUCGGAAAGCUUAAUUGGGCGUUGGAAGAGAAAGUGAAGUCUCUGUGCAUGGAAAAUCAGAUUUGGCGUGACUUGGCUCAAACGAACGAAGCUACGGCGAAUGCUUUACGGCUAAAUCUAGAACAAGUGUUGACGCAACGCGGAAUGGUGGACGAUGGUGAUGCCGCAGCUUUGAUGGACGAUGCUCAGUCUUGCUGUGGAAGCACCGACGAGGACGGUGAAGAAAAGAAAGAGGUUGAAUGGCGCACGAUAAGAACGGGGUGCGCAAGUGUGAAGGAUAAGAAGGACGGUAGUUGCCGGGAAAUGAUGAUGGGUGAGAGUAAUGGAAGGUUUUGCAGGAACUGUGGGAAAGAAGAGUCGUGCGUACUGAUUUUGCCGUGCCGGCACCUGUGUUUGUGUACUGUAUGUGGAUCUACGGUCCACAUUUGUCCUAUAUGUAAAUCCUUUAAGACUGCUAGUGUUCAUGUUAACAUGUCUUAAAUUUGGAAAAUGAAAAACAGGACUAGACUAGGACCAUCAAACCUCUCCUUCUCAAUCUCAACCAUAUAUAUCGAUUUUUCAUAAAUUAUAAAAAAAAAUAGUAAAAAGAAAUCAUUUUGAUACA